UUCUUAUUUGAUUGAUUGAUUGAUCGAUUUGCGUUCCAUGACCAACCGAAAGUUACAAGCAGAAAUAGACAAGGUGUUGAGAAAAGUUGAAGAAGGUGCUACUCAGUUUGAAGAAAUAUGGUUAAAGGUUUACGAUUCUUCUUCCUUUGCACAAAAGGAGAAACAUGAAAACGACUUGAAAAGGGAGAUUAAAAAGCUUCAGAGAUUGCGCGACCAGUUGAAAGUGUGGCAGAAUGACUCUUCGAUAAAAGACAAAAGCAAGAUUGACGCGUCAAGAAAACUUAUUGAAGAGAAAAUGGAAAAGUUCAAGGUUUGUGAGAGGGAAACUAAGACCAAAGCUUUUUCCAAAGAGGGGCUUUCCUUAGACAGGACGGAUCCGAAGAACAGAGAAAAGCAAAGGAUACGUGAAUGGGUAACGGAAUGUAUCAAUUCCCUUCGUGUACAGUGCGAUACGAUGGAAGCUGAAGUAGAGUCGUUGUCCAAGUCGAAGAAGAAGAAGGGAGACAACGAGAAACUCGCUUCAUUGACUCACCGACUUACUCGUCACCGUUAUCAUAUUGAUAUGUUGGAACGGCUACUAAGAGCUGUGGAUAACGAGAACGUUUCUUUUGAGGAUGCAGCAGAAUUGAAGGAAAGUGUGGAAUAUUAUGUAUAUAAUAAUGACGACCCAGACUUUGUAGAGGACACCAGCGUUUACGAAUCUUUGAACUUGGAAAAAGCUAUCAACGUUAUGCCUGCUUCAACUAUUUCGUUAGAAAGUGGAAUUAUUUGCAAACCUGAAGAUUCGAGCUCUUCAAGAACUUCAGAAGAGCUUACAGGGAAGACGAAAGCUACUGUGACGGACACAAGUGCUUCUCAUUCGUCGAAUCAAAAGAUUUCAAGCACACAGCAGCCAACCGGAAAUAAGGAAGUUUCUCCGAAAACAAUUCUUUCCACAAAGGAUAGCAACAAUAAUAACAAAGGAGUUGGAAGUUCACCUCGUCCAAGUCAACCUUUUACAGCAAAGAACUAUGCGGCGACCAAGAACAGCGGAACAAGUAAUCCAGCAGCUACUAGUUCUCGUUCAGAAGGGAACGUAUCUGUAUCCAGCGCUUGGGGAAAUGUUAUCAAUGCUGCAGGCAAAUCACUAAACUCCGUAAACCAGUCGUUGAAGACUAGUCCUCCCAGAAGACCUUUUGCAGCUGCAGUGCUUGAAGGAUUGCAGUCUUCUAAGAAGGACGAACGUUCUUCCUCUUCCGAAACUCCUGAAGAAGAGAAUUUUUCUGUACAGAAACAGAAUUCAUUUGGGUAUUCUACAGCAAACAAGUCUUCCUUUGCAGAAUCAGAGAAGAAGGAUGAAACAGGAAAGUUUUCCUCUCAGGUGAAGUUGGAUCGAUCCGCGAAUUCCUCAAAAUGGGUUCCACGCUCACAGGCAUUGUCCUCCAGUGAAGAGUCGAUAAAACUGGCAAACAGAAAGACGAAACAAAGGAUGGACGAGAAUGUAUCAAGCACAUUAGGUCAAGAAGGUAGUGCUGAAGUUUCUGCUGAAGUAUCGGAAGGAACACCGACACUUUCAGGAUCGAAUGAUAGUGAUCGCUCGGAUGGAGGAAAGGAAGUGGCAAGUAGUAGACUGUCUAUGAGUUCUUCUCCAAGUAGUCCCAGUAUUCAAGGUUCUUAUCCUCCGAGCAAGCACUCGACUCCGUUUAUCCAAAAUGACACUAGUUUGACGGAAGGAGUUUUAGGUGGUGCAUUUCGUCAAGAAGAAAGAGCUGCUACUCAAACUCUGUUAGAUGCAUCUUUGCGUUGUAUGCCGGAACCUUUAGAUGUUGAUUUGCCAAAGAAUUACAUUCCUAGAAAUCCCAGCAAAUAUGUUCCAACCUGUUUUCCCACUGCUCCUCCUCCUAUGUUAUUGAGUCCUUCAUUAUUUCAACAUUUUGACACAGAUACGCUAUUUUUUAUCUUUUAUUUUCAGCCUGGAACCUAUCAACAAUAUUUAGCGGCGAAAGAGUUGAAGAGACAGUCUUGGAGGUUUCAUCGUAAAUAUAUGACUUGGUUCCAACGACAUGAGGAGCCUCAAGUGGUUGAAAGUGAUUAUGAACAAGGCACUUAUGUAUAUUUUGACUAUGCUUUGAAUGAUGACGCUGGAUGGUGUCAAAGGAUUAAAUCAGAGUUUACUUUUGAAUAUGCUUACUUAGAAGACGAGUUACCCAUAGAUUCCUGAUAACUGUGAUUGGGAUACUUCAUAUAUCAACUUUUGAGUAUCUACGAAGCAUUCAAUAAAUAGAUAGUCACUGACAAGUUUCCAAGUUGCUUGGAAAAAAAGCUUGUUUCCCCUAUUUCUCACACGACCGAAACCAGUGGAGUAGUAGAAUAUAAGUUGUCGUUUUCCUACUUGACACUUAAAACUGUAUACGAGUGUUCAACACAUGGCAACUACACGAGUAUCACCUGUCUAUCAUGGACACUAGAACAAGACUCCGAGAACCGAUGAUAAAACAAAACAGAUCAUAACCUUGACUUUCACAAUGAAUUUUGAUCCAAAGCUGACAUGUCAUUCAGUAGAAGCAAAUGAUUAUUGUACCACUUGGCAUUUCACACAUCAAAGGAGUGGUCGGGAAUUUCAUAUCUCAACCGAUAAAAAAUCUUUCCGUUGG